AUGGAGUCAUCAAACGAGCCUUUUUUGAUUGUCAAUAAUACUGCAGAACAUUAUCAAAAUCCAUGUCAAGUUGUUCCUUGUAAUGCUCGUCAAUAUUUGAUGUGUCCUCAUUGUUCAUUUUAUCUUUGUUUCAAACAUGCACAACAACAUCAACAUCAAAUACAAAAUGAAACAUUUGUUUUGCAUAAUCGAGCAAAAAUUUUAGAAAAAACAUUAAAAGAAUAUAAACCUGUAGAAAUAAUUAUAGGGGAAGUCAUGAUUUCAUUAAAUGAAUGGAAACAAAAAAUGCACAAUUUUAUCGAUCAAUAUAGUGAACAAAUUAAAGUGCAUAUUGAACAAGCACAAAAUCGUCUGAAUGAUCAAUGGAUUAUAACGAGAGAAGAAUAUUUAGAAAUGCUACAUCAUUUUAUAGUUGAACCUAUUGAUCAAUUGCAAACAGCAUCAAAACAAAUUCAUCCGGAUGAAAUACGACAAAUUCAUGCUCGAUUAGUUCAUGCUCAAGACCAAAUCACAAAUUUAUUAGCGUAUCGGGAUCUGAUUCGUAUUAAUUUUGAUUCGUGUUCAUUGGAUGGCAAUAUUAAUAUUUCUCGCGGCCAUUUUCCUUCACUGGCAAUGCCUUCAAUGGUACCUUCGUUGAUAGAAUCUUCUAAUAGAUCUGAGGAUAUUCCUCGUCUAGAUCGUACUAAUGUACUUUAUCGAUUCAAUACAUUAUCGACAGAUACGUCAGCUUUAGGUGUUUCUUCAUCUCGAAUUAAUGAUUCUACUCAAAUAUUUGUGACAUGGACUAAACCAAACAAAUUAGUUAUUUUUGAUGCUAAAAAUGGUAUGACCAAAUAUGUAGAUGUUGAGCCAUCAUUUAUAACAAUUAAUGAUAUUAUAUGGUGCGAUUACUUAAAUGUUUUUCUUAUUUCUGGUGCUGCUUUGCAUACUUUUGAUGUAAUCAAUAAUGAUGUUAAGAAAAUUUUUACAUCUGAGAAUCCUCAAAUAUGGUCGAUUACUACGCAUAAAACCAGUUUGUUUAUCUGUUAUGUCAUGGGUGAAUCACCACUUAUUGAACAUCGUUCAUUACCAUCAUUUCGAACAAUUCAAACGUAUACUCGUUCACAACUUUUACCUACUGAUUCUUCAUCAACAGUUGAAAUAGCUCGUUGCAUUCGAACAAAUGAUUAUCAUAUAGCCAUGACUGUUAGAAAUCUAACUACGUACGAAUGGCGCGUCGAUAUAUUUAAUCGUCAUAUGCAACGAUUAUUCAAAGGUGAAAUUUUAGGAAAUGCAGUCUAUUCAGAUUAUUGGUGUUGCCUAUUAACAUGUUAUCGAUCUUCGUGUUGGUUAAUUAUGAACAAUACAUCAGAACCAGAAACAUUAACAUUAAUUGAUAAACAAGCACGCAUCAUACAACAAAUUCAAUGUGAAGGAUACAAUAUUUGUGUUUUACAUGGGCAAAAACGUUUCGUCAUUAAAGAUCAACAUGGAUUAGCAGUAUUUCGUUUUUAA